AUGGUAGGCCACAAAACUGGGGCGUGUGAAGAAGAAGAAGGAGGAGGAAGAAGAAGAAGAAAGAUGAAGAAGAAUAAGGAAGCAGAAGAAGAAGAAAACAACUUAUUCGCAAUCAUGGUGCUCCUUGUCGCAACAAUCAGCACAACAACGUCGCUUGUUUUAGAGAUGGCAGGUCUUCUGGAGUCGUAUUUUGCCAGCGCCUAUGACGUCGUUCUUCUCUGUUCCACUUCAUCAUUCGAUAGGUACAAGUCCCUUAAUCCUCCUGAUCCGCCUUCCGUCUCUCCCGCGUUAUCCUCGCACCCUGUAGGAUGA